ACAGAGAAUCAGCUGCUCCCCUACCCGCCCCCUCCUCUCCCGUUUCCCGGAGAAAGGCAGAACGGGGGAAGCGAAUGCGAUAGGGAGAGAGCAACCGGCCGGCGCCACUCAAAACCAUCCCCUCGCAUCCCGGAAUUUGUUACAUCGCUUUAGGCGACAACAUAGUGGCCGAAACGAGAGAACAUGUCAGCCAGACCGGGCUUCUAUCGGCAGGAGCUCAACAAGACAGUAUGGGAGGUCCCCGAACGGUACCAGGACCUGACGCCGGUCGGAUCGGGGGCGUACGGGUCUGUGUGCUCUGCGUAUGAUGUGAAGUCUCGCCACAAGGUGGCGGUAAAGAAGCUGUCUCGGCCGUUCCAGUCCCUCAUCCACAGCAGACGCACCUACAGGGAGCUGAGGCUGCUCAAACACAUGAAACACGAGAAUGUCAUCGGACUGCUGGACGUCUUCACCCCAGCUACCUCACUAGAAGACUUCAAUGAAGUGUAUUUGGUGACUAACCUGAUGGGGGCGGACCUGAACAACAUUGUGAAGUUCCAGAGGCUCUCUGAUGAGCACGUGCAGUUCCUCAUCUACCAGCUGCUCCGCGGACUCAAGUACAUCCACUCAGCUGGACUGAUCCAUAGAGAUCUGAAGCCCAGUAAUGUAGCCGUGAAUGAAGACUGCGAGCUGAGGAUCCUGGACUUUGGAUUGGCCAGGCAGACGGAUGACGAGAUGACAGGUUAUGUGGCGACGCGCUGGUACAGAGCACCAGAGAUCAUGCUCAACUGGAUGCACUAUAACCAAACAGUGGAUAUCUGGUCGGUGGGCUGCAUCAUGGGGGAGCUGCUGAAGGGGAAGGUCCUGUUUCCUGGCAACGACUAUAUCGACCAGCUGAAGAGGAUCAUGGAGGUGGUGGGCACUCCUAGCCCUGAACUGCUCAAGAAGAUGUCCUCCGAACAUGCCCAGAAGUACAUCCAGUCGCUUCCCUUUAUGCCUCAGCAGGACUUGGAGAAGAUCUUCAGAGGGGCCAACCCCUUGGCGGUGGACCUGCUGAAGCGCAUGCUGGUUCUGGACUGUGAUGGGCGUGUGACGGCGGUGGAGGCCCUGGCCCAUCCCUACUUCUCCCAGUACCACGACCCUGACGACGAGCCCACCGCACCGCCCUACGACCAGACAACCGAGAGCAAGGACCGCACGCUGGAGGAAUGGAAAGAGCUGGUGUUUGAGGAGGUGUGUGGCUUCAAAACCCCUGCCAGCAAACCAGAUGGCUUGGAAGCUGAACAGUAAGACCCGCCCUUCAGUGCCCUCUCAGCCUAUCAAAAAAUAAGGAGUGAGAGAGUAUUGGCCUCAUCGGCCGCGUUUGUGACGGCGCAUUUUUUGCGCAGUCUGCGCAGCGCAAAUUUGCAAUGCGAAAUUACGAUGUAUUCUGAUUAGAAAAUUCUAACUAGGAUGCAUCGGAAUGGCAAAUUGUGCAUGCGCGCUGUGCAGACUUCAAUGUGACCAUUGUCAAACUGUCAAACUAAAGAAAAGGAAGAGACACCAAGAGGAGUCUAGCUACAACACGCCAUCAACCAAUCAGAGAAGACUGGGAGUACCUCGACCAAUCAAGGACAAUCCCAACUACAACCUUCUAAAGAGAGACAACGCAUGCAUCAUAAAACUCCGGAGAUGCCCCAACCGUCAAUCAAGAACAAACUCCGCCUACAAAACCCCAAGCCACCAAUCACAAAAAGAAAUAUUACGUACAGUUGUAUGCUGGUUGAAGUGUUACUACUACUACUGCCCCACUUCUCUGAUCUAGAGAUUCGUGUGUAUUGUAUGAUGUCUGUACAAAUGUGUGCUUGUGGGUGCGUCCGUGUAGUACUGUAUGCGUGUCUGUGUGGGUGUGGGUGUUUCUUCAGUACCACUGCCCUUUUUAAUUACAGUGUUAGAAGGUCAGGUGAUUCUAAGUUGUCUUUGUUAUUGGGGAUAUACAGUACCUGUCGAACUUAAUCAGGGAGCAUGUUCUUAUAUGCACGUACAGUACAUCUUUGUUUGUGUGUGUGGGUGUGUGUGUGUGUGUGCAUGUGUGUCUCCAUGUGUUUCUGAAGCACAUAUGUAUUUGAAUGCAGGUUUCUGAUGCACUUUGUGUGUGUGUGUGUGCGUGUGCGUGUGCGUGUGCGUGCGUUUUAUACUGUCGUAGGAUUGAAGAGGUGACGCAGAGUAUCUGCCCCACCCAAUCAUGUGUAUCUGUAGAAAGAGUCCACGUCAUGUGACUUGUCGUCACAUGUUUAUGUCUGCUGUGUUCCAUUGGCUGUCUAUACAGCAUCAGCUGGGGACGACACGGUCUUGAGUAGCCGAUAUUGUAUGAUCUUCCAGAGGGGUCUCAACCCAGGUAGAGGAACACAGUACGAGUCCUGCCCUGGUUAGAGGCUCUGGGAUGGAGGAGAAAUCUAUGGCUUCUGGGGACAGAAGAUCCAAGAACCAUGACCUGAUGCCCUUGAUGUCAGUCUGACCUACCGUCUCCGUUUAUCAGACAAGAGAGGAGCUUUUUGAACGAAAGCCACUUCAAUAGCUUUGGUGUCCUGUCUAUGCGCUGGUCUCAGUGCUCCCCUCAGACAGGUAGGAUCUUUUUGAACAAAACCUCCUUCAAUGUCUUGGAUGAUGUCCUACCAUGGGGCCACACAGGGGAACCACCUCUAAAACAGGGACGUUAUUACAACACGAGGUGGAGCACCUAUUGACGAUCUGGAAGAACCGAGAACAGGUGUUCAAGGGAAGCAUUUAUGGUGGACUGUCCAAGAGACGUGUUUAAGGUGGACUGAGGUAUUUCCAAGUACUCUCCCUGGAGACAACCCAGGAGGUCUCUGCCAGUCUGCUGUACGUCCUAAUGCACCCAGCCCUCAUAUCAUCACCUAGCUACGCACAACUCUGCACCUGCGCAGUCAGCACAGGCUCCAUUGUGCACUGCUAUGCCCCAGGGUUGCCAGAUUGGUCGGUUUCAGAUGUAGGAUUUAGGAUGACCAUAUGCGGGCAAAAUAACUGCAUUGGAUUUGUUUUUCUGUAGAUUUAUCGUCAGUGAACUCAACAGACUUAAGUUCU